GCAGUGGAGCACUUUUAACGUCCUCUGUCCAGGACAACAUGAAGACUUUUCUUCUCCUGGUGGCUUUGGAGCUUUGUUGGGCUCAAUACAACCCAAAUACAAAGCCUGGAAGGACAUCUAUCGUCCACCUCUUUGAAUGGCGUUGGGCUGACAUUGCUCUUGAAUGUGAGCGUUAUUUGGCACCGAAUGGGUAUGGCGGAGUUCAGAUCUCCCCACCAAACGAAAACCUCAUCAUUACAAGCCCGUGGAGGCCGUGGUGGGAAAGAUAUCAGCCCAUCAGCUACAAGCUGUGUUCACGAUCCGGGAAUGAGUCCGAAUUUAAAGACAUGGUGGCCAGAUGCAACAACGUUGGAGUGUAUAUUUAUGUGGAUGCGGUAGUCAACCACAUGUGUGGAGCUGCUGGUGGAUAUGGUAACCGUUCUACUUGUGGAAGCUACUAUAAUACAGGGACCCGCGAUUUCCCUGCUGUUCCAUACUCAAGCUGGGAUUUCAAUGAUGGGAAAUGCAAAACUGCAAGUGGUGAAAUUGAAAAUUAUGGCGAUCCUUACCAGGUGCGUGACUGUCGCCUCGUCAGCCUUCUUGACCUUGCCCUCGAGAAGGACUACGUCCGCUCCAAAGUGGCAGAGUAUAUGAACCACCUGAUUGACAUCGGAGUAGCAGGGUUUCGGAUUGAUGCCUCCAAGCAUAUGUGGCCUGGAGACAUGAAAGCAUUUUUAGACAAGCUAAAAAAUCUGAAUAACGUAUGGUUUGCUGAAGGGACAAGGCCUUUCAUCUUCCAAGAGGUGAUUGAUCUGGGUGGAGAGGGAAUUAAAACCAGUGACUACUUUGGAAAUGGCCGGGUAACUGAAUUCAAAUAUGGUGCAAAACUAGGGACUGUCAUUCGGAAGUGGAAUGGAGAAAAGAUGGCUUAUUUGAAGAACUGGGGAGAACCCUGGAGUUUUAUGCCUUCUGAUAAAGCCAUUAUCUUUGUAGAUAAUCAUGAUAACCAGAGAGGGCAUGGUGCUGGCGGAGCCUCCAUUUUGACUUUCUGGGAUGCCAGGCUCUAUAAAAUGGCAGUUGGUUUCAUGCUUGCUCACCCGUACGGUUUUACCCGUGUAAUGUCCAGUUUCCGCUGGCCAAGGUAUUUUGAGAAUGGAAAGGAUAUUAAUGACUGGAUGGGGCCUCCAAGCAACGAUGAUGGAUCAACUAAAGCUGUUACAAUUAAUCCAGACACGACCUGUGGUGACGGCUGGAUCUGUGAGCAUCGGUGGCGUCAAAUAAGGAACAUGGUGAUUUUCCGCAACGUUGUGGAUGGACAGCCAUUUACCAAUUGGUGGGACAAUAACAGCAACCAAGUGGCAUUUGGACGUGGCAACAAAGGAUUCAUUGUCUUUAAUAACGACGACUGGAAUUUGUCGGAAACUUUGCAAACCGGCCUUCCUGCGGGCACUUACUGUGACGUCAUUUCCGGGCAGAAGGAGGGCAACGCCUGCAGUGGAAUUCAAGUCGAAGUCCGUGCUGAUGGCACUGCUCAUUUUCAGAUCAGCAACUAUGCCGAAGACCCGUUUGUCGCGAUCCAUGUGGAUGCUAAAUUAUAAUUGAAGCUAGAGAAAUGCCUUCCUUUGCUCUUACUGUCCUGAGUGAUUUGGAAGAAGCUAGAAUCCUUCAAAAGAAUAAAUGGUUGCAACGCUCAAA